UCACUUCCGGUGCCGGGCGGAAGCAGCGGUGGCGGCUGCGUGCGCAUGGGGCUCUUGACGCUCGGGGAGCAUGAGGGGAAAGAGGCGGAGGGGGUGGCGGCGAUUUCGGGGGGCGAGGGCGGAGCGCGGCUGAGCCGGCGGAGCCUGCAGAGCGGGAGAGGAGGCUUUUCUGACAUGUUGGCUGAGGAUGAAUUUUUUUGCUCGCCACCAAGGAAGACAGUCAGAUUUGGUGGAACGUUGGCAGAGAUCCUACUGAAAUAUCAAAAGGGCGAGACAACUGAGUUUGAUUUGCUGAAGCAUCAGCUGUUGGAUCCAGACAUAAAAGAUGACCAGAUUAUUAACUGGCUAUAUGAGUUCCGGUCCUCUGUUACCUUUUUGACCAAGGAGUUUGAACAACUAAUCACCAUCCUGUUGAAGGUGCCAUGGUUGAGAAGAAGCCAAGCUGUGGUGGAGGAAUAUUUAGCUUUCCUGAGUAACUUAGUGUCUGCUCAGACGAUCUAUCUUAGGCCAUGCCUUGCAAUGAUAGUCUCACACUUUGUACCUCCCCGAAUAACCAUCCGGGAGAAUGAUGUAGACAUCUCUGACUCAGAUGAUGAUGAAAAUGUUCUCGAGAGCUUCACCACCUGCCACAGAGCAUUGCAGACAAUUGUGAAAUAUGUCCCUUUGACGCCGCAAUUUCUCAUGCCGGUGCUGACAGAAAAAUUUCCCUUUAUUAAUAAAUCAGAAAGAACUCUACAAUGUUAUCUCCAUAACAUGCUACGAAUAAGCAGAUAUAUCCCAUCAUUGAGACAUGACAUUUUGGAGCUGAUUGUUGAGAAACUGCUAAAGAUUGAUGUAAGUGCCCCAAGAAAAGAUAUUGAAGCUGCUGAAGAAGCUGAAGAGGAAAGCAGUGAGAAGGGACUCUUCGAUAUGGAUGAAGAUGGGGAAAACCCAGAGAAGAAUGACAUCAUGGCUCAUCCCCUUGCAGAACGCCUCGACAUCUUGAUGAUCGUGUUAUUUUCCUACAUUAAAGACAUAUGCUACGUUGAUGAUAAGCUUGAUGUCGGCAACACCAAAGACUUAUACCGAGAUCUUGUGGCUAUAUUUGAUAAGCUGAUUUUAACGACCCAUGGAUCAUGUCACGUACAGUACAUCAUGUUCUACCUCUCUAGUUUCAAAUUGGUAAUCGCAGAAGCUUUUGUGGAACAUCUCUGGAAAAAGCUACAGAAUCCAAACGUUCCUGCUGUGAUCCGGCAAACCGCCGGAAACUACAUCGGCAGCUUUUUGGCACGGGCCAAGUUUAUUCCAGUUGUGACAGUGAAAGCCUGCCUAGAUUUGCUGGUCAGCUGGCUGCACUCAUACAUUGACAACCACGGCACGGGAUCUCGAGCAUUUUGUGACGUAGCGCUCCAUGGUCCCUUCUACGCCGCCUGCCAGGCUGUGUUCUAUGUGGUCAUCUUCCGCCACAAGCAGAUCCUGGAUGGAAAUCUCAAGAAAGGUUUGGCCUACCUGCAGAGCUUAAACUUUGAACGCAUUGUCAUGUGUCAGUUGAACCCCUUGAAGGUGUGCUUGCCGACAAUUGUGAGUCUGUUUGCUGCCCUUACCAGGAAGUACCAGGUCGCCUUUUGCGACACCAUCAUUGAGAGAAACCGAAGACAAGUAUUGCCAGUUGUCCGAAGCAGUUGUGGGGGAGAUUCUGUUGAGACAGUCACAAACCCCCUUGACAGUUUUUUCCCGUUCGAUCCUUACAUUCUCAAAAGAUCAAAGAACACCAUUGAUCCUUUGUAUCAGUUUUGGGAAGAGCAGAGUGUUGAGGACCUCAAAGAGACUCUAGAACCCGUUAACGAGGGCAAAGGUGAAGAGGAAGAUGAUUUCUUGAAAGGCGAAACUCCCCAAAACGAUGGCAUGAUUGGUGUGACGCCUAGCUCCUUCAACUCUCUUAUUCAGAAUUCAGAAACCAGCCUAGGUUCACCACCAGUAACGCCUCUGCAGUUGCAGCUCUGAUCUUUGGGGUCUGCCAGACAACUACAGCUUUUAUAUAAGAGACCAUGGCAGGGGAUGGAGACACUUGCUAAGCUCUUGAUUUCUUGCAACAAUUCUGAUAGCAGAAUCGAAUAUCUGCAUCACGGACAGGAUAGUAUGCUAAGCCUUUUGUACUUACCCAGAAGAAGCUGUAAAUGGAAGAACCAUUCUCUUUUCACAUUAUUUUUUUCCUUUUGGGUUUCCAUUUUUUGCUUUGGAACAGAUCCCCUGAGAUUAAAUAUAGACCGUGAUCCAGGGAAUGAUGGAAUUAAUUCUGCAUGUUGAUGCCUAGGGAUUAAAAUAAAGCAAAAAGAAUACUACAUUUUUAAAGCAAACUUGCUAGCGAGAACACACAGAUCUGCUUUUUUUUUUUUGGUUUAAAAAAAAGGCUUGCUUUGAAUACAGCUUUUACAGGACUCCUGCUUAAUCCGAGAAUACGAUCGCGUCAAAAGUUAUGCAAAAACAAUUUAAGAUCUUCAUAUUCACUAGAGUUAUAUGAAACAAGAUUUGUGAUUAUUCUGAUUUUAUUACUGAAUUGUUAAAUUAUGUUGCCUGGGUCAAAAGAAGAGAA